UUCCGAACUAUAAAGGAGCGUGAGGCUGAGACAUCCCUGAAGAAGGAUAACACUUUUUAGACAUCGAGAAUACGACAGAUAGACUAGGCCUAAAAAAAUUCCUUGGGUCUUUUUCUCUGCACUUGUUGGCUUUCCGUGACACAUAUAUAAAGCCGUUUUCACGUACUUGAAACUGCUUCUUUUUUUUCUUCAACCCAGAGCAGACUUGAAAAUUUCUAAUCAUGAGCACGGAAGUGGAAGACAAACAACUCGACCAGAGCUCGGCCAGCUUGCACAUCAAGGAGGAAUCAGUGGGCAGUUUCCAGGACGAGGCGACGAAAAGCGAGCUCGAUCGGAUCUACCGCAAAUUGGACCGGCGCAUCAUUCCUGCGCUCUGGUGUCUUUAUUUCCUCACGUCGUUCGGUUCCAGUGCCUACGGUACGACUUUGACAAUGAACAGUUCAGAUGGACAUUCGCUUGGCCAGAAGCUUGACUUGACCUCCAAAGACACGUCCACUGCCUCGGCUUUGUACUACGUCGGGUACAUUAUUUUUGAUGUGCCCAUGAAUUUGAUCAUGACAAAAGUGAGCCCGCAGUCGUGGUUGGCCCGUAUUGUCAUUACCGUCGGUUUGGUUUAUUCGUGCUACAUUGCCCUCGAAUCCUCAGGUGCUUUGAUUGCCGUGCGGUUCAUCUCGGGUGUGGUUGGGGCAGGCACGUGGCCCGGCAUGUCUUACUACAUCUCGUUGUGGUACCCGAACGAAAGACUGACCCGCAGAAUUGGCUACUAUUUCACCGCUGCACAGAUCUCUGCCGCUGCUGCUGGUUUACUCAGUGCUGCGUUCCAGAAAAUGGAUGGCAUUCAUGGUUAUACAGGCUGGCAAUGGUUGUAUUUGGUUUACGGUUGUGUAACCAUUGUCGUGGGCAUUUCGCUUCUUUGGUGGCUCCCAGACCGCCCAUAUCAACUCUCCGACAAGACUCCAGGAAAGUACAUGACGAUUUACAACAAGUACUUCACGACUGCGCAUCCACUCAACCCUGAGGAACGCGAGAUCCACCGAAAAGAUAUCCAGAGCAGAUAUGUACUCAUCAAAUGGACGUGGAAAGACGUGUCAGCCAUUUUUCUCGACUUGAGAUUGUGGCCCAUUAUUAUGAUGUACUUUGGUGUGGUUGGUACUGGUUUCGGCUUGGCUGUGUUUGGCUCUACCAUCAUUGCGGCAAACAACCCGUCGCUUUCAUCGAUUAACGUUUCGCUUUUGUACGCUCCAAUAUGGCUUUUUGACUUGGCAGGAAUCUUGCUCAUCACCCCGUUCGCCGACAGGUACAAGAAACACAGGGCCUUCUUCUUUUCCGGUGCAUGUCUCAUAAUUAUUACUGGGAUGUUUGUCACUACUUUUGCUAACGGCUCGUGGAACAGAUAUGGAGGGCUCCUCAUUGCCGGCUUUGGCUUGGGCCCUACUGUUCCAAUCUGCAUGUCAUGGUCUGCCGAAAUUUUUGGCCCCGUCUAUGGGGACAGUGGAAUUGCCGUGAGCUCUGCCUUGGUUUCCGGAUUGGGUAACUUGGGCUCUGUGACCGCUACCUAUGCUCUCUACCGCGGCUGGCCCUCAGAUGCAGCAAGGUUAUAUCGGAACUCCAACAUGGUAUUAGUAGCCAUGUUGGGAAUCAGUAUCAUAUUUUCCUUUGUGUGUCAUUUCAUCAAGGAUAGAGUGGGAAGAACCUUAUGAGAAGACAAAUAUCGAGGGUGGCAAGUUAAUGAGUGAGUUGUUACGAUUUAGACAUGAGGUAUUCAAAGUAUAUUUAUAUCCGAGAUCAGCAUCGUAGCAGGAGAAACAAAUUCUCUGUCGUUUUAUGAUACCUUGUAAUCUCAUGAUGUCCUAGGCACUCAAAUCACCGUCUGUCUGCAAAAUCAGACGAUCAUGUUGAGCUGCUUGAGAUAUCACAUGAUAUGCGACAAUUAUUCCGGAA